AUGCACAUCUACGUCCUCGCGCACAUCGACUCAACCAUCAACGCCAAAAAUGCCACUCUUACCGGCGGUCACAUCUCGCACGUAGGCGAGCUCUUCUUCGACCAGCAGCUCAUCACCGCCGCCGAAUCUGUCGAGCCCUACUUCUCCAACACGCAAGAACUCCUGCUCAACACCGACGACGGCUUCUUCGCGCAUGAAGCAGCUAAUUUUGACCCUGCGCUCAACUACGUCUACCUCGGCGACAGCGUCGAGGAGGGGUUGUUUGCUUGUGUCACCAUCGGUAUCGAUCCUAGUGAUGUCACGAUACCCCGGGCGGCGGUUAGCUUUAGGGAGGGCGGCAGCGUUGCGAAUCCUUGUGUCGGUGGUGGUCCGGACGGCCCGCCGCCCACUGGGGGGUUCCCUGGGGCCCGAGGCCGAUAA